GCAUUAUUCUCGUCAGGAGGAGAAACAUCGGGAGUGGAGAGUUGAGGAGGAGGAGGAGGAGUGUCUUUACUAGGGAUAGUGUUGAGAAUUGCGGGGAGGAGUUUAGAGGCAGCAAAAGAACUUAAGAGGCCUGAUGGUCUACACUGGACGCUGGCGGCAGUCAGUCGUGUGCCAGACGUGACUGGAAGUGGAGUGCGUGUUUACUGAAGCCAAACAGACCGUGUGGAUGGGGCAGUGACAUUCUCAGCGGCAGCAAGAAGACGUGGGCGGCGGCGUGAUGGGCGGGGCUUGGUGUCUGCUGCUCUUGCUGGGUGUGGUGAGAUUUGCAGCAGCGGACAGCAGCGUGGAAGCACAGCCACCUGAAGGGAGUGUGACAGCCACAUCACCCAUCGACCUUUCCCACUCGCACUCCCUCUCCUCCCAGAACGUGGAUGCUCGAGAGAGGGACAGCAAAGGUGAAAGCAAGGAUGCGGAUGGAAAAGGUUCAGUGGUUGACGAUGAACUGACAGAGAAUGUUGACGUGGCUGACUCAAGGCACAGUGCCACCUCCCCUUCAGCCUCUAGCCGCAUGCUGUUUGUGGGGAAGGACAUUUACCCUCCCCUCGCUGCCAAUGGAACCACCAACAGGACGAGGGACCUUCUAACUUGGCGUCUCAAAGACCAGACACGUCUGAAGGACCUCACCAACAAGAUUCUGGCCAGUGUGAAGGAUCAGUGGCGGCGGAACGAGGAGUUUGGAAUUCUGAACAAACAUCCUCAUGACGUGGGAGGCUCAGAUGGACAGAGCGAGGCAGGGUCCCAGGUUGUGGAGAGGCGAGUGGCGCCACCCAAACACUUCGGUCGCCGCCCAAAUCGACUACCCUGCGGUCGCCGAAGUGGCUGUAAGUCUGCUAAUGAGACUCUGGAACUACGUCGUCGCCUCAUGCACGAUCUCCAGUCUUCCUUCAGUGCCCCGCUGCCCUCCAGGAUUCGCUACCGCCUCAAGAAAAAACCCUCUAUUUACACCUCCAAGAAGCCCAGUUCCCGUCAAGACAUCGGUGUGCCGGACAUCUAUGAGACUGAGGUCUCCAUCACCCCAAAAUUAAGGCGCCGUCCACCUACUCGUCUCACUCAAGGCGACCAUUCCAAUGAGUUUGGCUUUGCAGCAGAUAGGAAAUUUAGUCAGUUUGUAUUGCCAGAAGCACAUCAGCACGUUGCCUUGGAGUCUUUGUCGAUCCCAAACGAUGCAGCUACUGAUGACAACACCCAGACAUACAUUCCUCUCAGUCCGGUCUCAGCAUCUGAUCUUCCUUCGGGCCUGGUGUACCGGCCACCGCGGCGCCCUCCUGGCAGCCAGAAACGACGCACAAGUGGUCUUCUCCGGCGUCCAUCUCCAUCCGAACCACACUAUUUUACCACUCCUUCCUCCCUUCAACAUCUCAGUAUCCAGGCCCAUCUUCCCUACCGCCGUCCCGUCUCUUUCAGAUACAGUAGAACACCGAAUACUGGUGGUCCUACACGCUCCACCUCUCCUGCCUCCAGGGUUCAUCACUCCACCGUCACCAACCGAGAUGAGUCCACACAUGUCACAAGCACACCUCUCCACAGCAGCACAGCCUCGGGAAACACUCAUCCUUCUCAGAAGUAUCUUCCCCCAAACAAGGAAUACAUUCCCCCGCGAGGAACGUCACCCAAACCUCCUGCCAGAGAAGGACCCACCAAACCUCCAGUACAUUACGUUCCGCCACAGAAUGAAUACCUCCCGCCCAAACCCACGGCAGAUGUCAAGCCUUCCACUGAAUCUUCCCCAACGUAUCAGACUCCUGCCAAGGAUUAUGAGGCAUCCACCGAGCACUCUGAGCAGCCCCAUUCACAGCCACCAAGAAAGUACAUUCCGCCAAAUAAAGAAUAUUUGCCCCCACAGGAUAAUCAGGAAGAUUUCCCUGCACCAUCAAAGGAAUAUAAUCCCCAGAAGACUACUCCCAAAGUGCCAUCCAGACACUAUUUGACACCUAAUAAGGAUUACAAGACUGUCACUAGACGACCCCACCGACCCUCUUCGGAACAGAAGAUUCCUGCGACAGGAUACCCUGAGCCUCCAAGAAAGUAUCUUCCUCCUGAUAAGAACUUCGGGCCAGACGGGACUGGCCUUGGUGGUCGACGACCUCCGUCUCGGAGACGCCGACCUGGUAAAAGGAGGAGAAAGAACAGGAAACGACCCACUCCUCCUAGUAGGAAAUACAUCCCCCCUAAUAAGGAGUAUCUACCUCCUCACAGCGACUCUCACUCCGCCAAAGAACCGUCGAAAACAUACGAAACACCUGACAAAGAAUACUUGCCUCCCAAAAACUACUCCUUGCAUUCUGACUCCAUGACGGCAACCACUGUAACAGUACCUUAUACCAUCCCACCCAGGACGUACCUGCCGCCUCACCUUGACCACAGUACUGCAGCUCCCUCCUACACCACCCCUACUCCUCACUCUAACUACGUACCCCCGCACCUACCCACCCCACCCACCUCGUCUCUCAAGCAGCCUCAUUCAGGAUACAGUCCUCCAGCUGUGACUUACGGCCCUCCAGUCAGGACUUACCAGCCGCCCACUAACAGUUACAUCCCACCCCAAGGGACAACCACGCUUCCAGGCUGGCUGCACAACAUUAAGACAGACCACGCCUCAUCAGGUCCUGCCCAGCCUGAGGUGUACGUUUCCAGAUUUCCCCCACCUCUUAAAGUGUUUGCCGAUCACCACGCUUCCCCUAUAACAACACCCCAACCUGCGUACACUCCCCCAGUGAGGACUUAUCAACCUCCCAUAAAAGAAUACCUCCCUCCCACCCUGUCUCACUCCACCACUCCCAAACCAGUCUAUACAGGACCGCCGCCGCCGCCGCCACCAAUCCACCGACCUCUUGAUCCCGCUUUCCUUCCCGUCCCUAAGCGGCCCUCCACCCACUACCUACCUCCUCAUGCAGAUUAUCAGUCACCUGGACACGCUGACGCCACUCACCCUACGGCCACGCCUAAACCUCACUACAUCACCAUCAUCCUGCCUCCUGAAACCUCUCCCAAACCAGAUUAUAUUCCUCCAGCACCUCCAAAGAAGGAGUACGUUCCCCCGUCCUCCCCUAAACCAGAUUACGUCCCUCCCUCUUCCCCUAAACCAGAUUACGUCCUCCUCUUCCCUAAACCAGAUUACGUCCCUCCCUCUUCCCCUAAACCAGAUUACGUCCCUCCCUCUUCCCCUAAACCAGAUUAUGUUCCUCCCUCUUCUCCUAAACCAGAUUAUGUCCCUCCCUCUUCCCCAAAGCCAGAUUAUGUCCCUCCCUCUUCCCCUAAGCCAGAUUACGUCCCUCCGUCCUCCCCUAAACCAGAUUACGUGCCACCAACUUCUCGUAAACCGGAGUACGUGCCGCCUAAAGCACCCAAACCUGGAUCCUCUGCUAGACAUCCUCCAGCGAGCGUCACCACUUACAGGCCCUCGCACGAUCCCAAGAUACAGCAGCUGCAAGACUUUAGCCAUCCUGGGAGAGUCCGGCCCUCCCCCUCUAGGCCGUCCUCCCCCCCAGUGUACUAUCCCACAACCCCCGGUCCAGGAUAUAAUGAAUUACCAAAGCACAUCACUGGCCAUCGUCCUCUCACACCAAGGCCCUUCAUUGAGGAUUAUUAUGAUGAUGAUUACUACUAUGAUGACGAAGACGAUGACUACUACUAUUACUAUGAUGAUGACGACGACUAUUACUAUGACUAUGAUGAUUACUACGACUAUUAUUAUUACUAUGAUGACUACGACUAUGACCCCUACUCAGCACCUCUACGAACUCCUUUCCAACUCACCUUCCAAGACGACUACGACAUCCACGAGAACGACAUCCUGGAGUAUGGUUACAUCGCCGGCAUUCCUGGUCGAGCGGGUCGCGACUAUCCCAUUCUCAGUUAUAUCCCUCUCACGUCCUUUGGCUGCGAUCUGGUGGCAGACUACCCUGGAUACUAUGCUGACAUGGAGGCCGGCUGUCAGGUUUUCCACAUCUGUCACCGUAGUGGCCGACAAGACUCCUUCCUGUGUCCCAAUGGUACUGUAUUCAACCAGAAGUACUUUGUAUGUGACUGGUGGUACAACUUUGCCUGUGAGGACGCGCCCUUUUUCUACCCUGUGAAUGCUGCUAUUGGGCAGCCGGGCGUCCCGCUACAUAGGAACGCUUUCGAGCCUGAUCUGCGACUGGUACACAACCUUCCACCCCUUCACGCACGCCCACGCCCACACCCACAGCCACGCCCAGCCACACUUAUUCCCCACCACCUGGAUCCCCCGCCUGAGCUGGUAACUCUCGCACCUCUCCCUCCUGAACUUGUCCACACCGCCUUAGGAUGAAAUGCAGGAUUUCCAAUAUCUACUGUUGUCGCUCAAGCAGGAUAACCAAGUCACUUUAUGCCGGGGAGCACCACAGGACGCCAACAGGAACCCUUCAUCACCAGCAUGCAGAUCCUUAUUGUUAUUAGUUUUUUUUUUUUCUUUAAUCACCAGUUCUACUUAAAAAUGUCUAGGUAUAUGGCUACCUACUACUUCUCAAUGUUGAUUUUGUUCUUUCAGGAAUUGGUCACAAGGGAUUUUUUUCCUGAGGUGAUUGUAUGCAGGAUUCUAUACCACUAUUGGUAUUUUGGGUAUUGUUUGAAGUCACCCUGUGUGAAUCGUGUGCAUAGUAUUUGUUAUAUUUCGUACCUUUCUUAGUGUAGCAUAAUGUUUCGGUUCAGACUUUCAUUGGGUGUAGUUCCUGUAUGUUGCGUUCUAUCAUCCUGCUGAGUAAGUAUUCAGUAACCUGUUGUUGAAACUCUUUGUUUUAGUCUGUUAUUGUGGUCACUUGUUGCAGUCUUCACAUGUAAGUUCACUUUGUUUUAGUCGUUUGAUGGUUCCCUUGUCCUUGUUGUGUGUUCAUAUAUAGUCCCACAGGUGUGUCCGUUGUCUACUGUGAGUAUCUAGUCCAUUGUUGUGUAAAUACUACUUGUAUACCCCUUCAGGCACCCAGUCUCGCUCCUCGUGAUAAGACCACAUGCGCCUUCCUUAUUUUAGAUUGUGAAGGAAAGCUCCUACUUAAUAACCUCUCCCUGCACCCCGUGACAUACCGCAGGGCACUCAUGAAGGACCUCUCGUCAGGCGCAGCUCUCCCUCAUGCUUGUAGUGUUUCCUGGGAGAGAUGAAAGGUGAAAACUGUGAGAGCGAUGUGAGAGGCAUAGAGAGACAUAAUAUUAUUGUCAACUACACCUACUCCCAAACAGAUUCACGCCUCUUAUCUUUGUAACUUUUCCUGGCCCUUCCGGAGAUAAAAAAAAAAAAAAAAAAACGUCCGUUGAAAUGUCCAAAGAAAUUUGCUUUGUAGUGCUUUUAUUGUGUGUGUAUGAUAUGUACUGCGCCUCAUAUUUUACAUUAGUACAUGUUUACUCUGGGUAA